UUUAUAAAAAAUUCCAUAAAUUUUUAUUUUAAAUUUUUAUUGGAGAGAGUUUAACGCAAAGGAAAAAAAAAAGAGGUGCAUCCAUUUGAAACCAGAAGCAUUGAGAUAAGAAAGAAAAGAAUGGCAUCAGCUUCAGCAGCAAUUCUUCCUUAUUUCCCUUUAACUUUGAAGCCCAAUCCGAGACUGUUUACAAGGGAAAGGAAAACCAACUUUCAACCAUCAACUGCAACUGCUUGCUCCCUUUCAGAGGCUUCCCCUCUGUUCCGAGCAGCCAAGCUCACUGUUGAUUCGUUUGUAAAAAGUGGAAUGGUUAUUGGACUGGGGUCUGGUCAAACUUCAGCCAUGGCCAUUCAGUAUUUGGGUCAGCAACUUCGUGCACGUGCAUUCAAACACAUUGUAGGGAUACCCACGUCUGAAGUGAGUGCAAGUGAGGCAGCAAAGGCAGGAAUUCCAUUAGGAGAGUUUGAAAGCAGUUCUCAAAUUGAUUUUGCAUUUGAUGAUGUUGACAUAAUAGAGGAAAGAACACUAAUUUCAGUCAUUGGACGCCGAAGAUUUCAAGGUGAGGAGUCCAUAAUCCAAGAGAAGUUGGUACUAAGCAUGGCUGAUCAGCUUGUAUUCAUGGUUACAGAAAAUCAGUAUAAAUGUGGUCUGGAGGGUUCUAUUCCUGUUCUAGUUGAAUCACUCAACUGGAUGGACACUGCUGAAAAGAUUGAUGACCUAUUUUUAGGUGAUGCAGAGGUAUGGAGGAGACCAACAAUAGGACAAGCAGAUCCACUUGGAGGUGACUUUCCAUUAGUCACUAGAGAAGGUCAUAAUAUUCUUGAUGUCAUCUUUACAUCUCCUAUAGCCAGUCUUGCUGAAGUUGCUGAAAGCCUUGAAAAGAUUGAUGGGGUUGUAGAUCAUGGAGUUGUCUCCAAAUUUCCAUGCAAAGCAAUUGUUGCUUCUGAAAGUGGAUUGUCAAUUGUUGAUAAUAUUCCAACAAAUGCAGUUGGGGGAGUUUAAUCAAGCAAGCUUGCUGCAUAUACCAUUGGAAGUUUCAUGUUGGCUUCAGAUUGAUAUUAUAAAAUAGGAACAUUUCUUAAGAUAUGUAAAUUAUAAAUUGAAUGUUGGUAUAUAAAAUUCUCUUACUACUGAGAGAGAUCAUUGAGGUUUUCACUUAAUAUCUGUAGCUUUUUGUCCGUCUGUCCAUAAUCAAACUUGUAACUCAAGUCGCGCAUUACCAUCUUGGGGAUGUUAUGAUGUAACAACUAGCAUGUAUGCUUGAUGUUGUACUUUAUAUCAGAUACUUAAUUGUUUCUUUUGUAAUUUAAACAGGCUUAUUCAGUGCAGGAGUUUUAAAUUCUUUCUGUAAGAGAUUGAUUUGGUACAGUUUGAGCACUUGUAUAGUUGUCUGCAUGGUCAAUGCUUUUUGUUGUAUUUUCUUUUUGGUACUUGAAGUUUUUAGUGAUUGAUCUCUGAUUAUUAAAAUUAAGAGUUCAAUAUUUUAUCAAUAGAUCAUAUGACUGUUGCCUGUUGACAGUACUUCUGAUUGUAUUUUCCUUCUGCAAUAUCCAAGUAUUAGGAUUUGAACGUCUUAUUU